GCGCCAGUACGUUGUAAUUCAUUCUCACCCACAGGAGCAAAAGGACAGGAGAAGAAAACACAAUGCUAAACAACACAAAAAAUUAAAAUGGACUCAGAGGAUGGAGUCUUUAAAUGGACUGAUGCCAACACGGCAGAUCUGAUUGUAUGGAGAGUCAGUAACAACAGUUUGUUUACAGGCAGGAGAAAUGCAGCCAUCAAAGCCUUCGAGCUGUAUGUGAAGGAGAAACAGCUGGUGGGGAAAGUGACGCCUGCAUGGGUUCGAAAGAAGUGGGAGAAUCUAAAACAGAAGUAUAAGGACCUCAAAAGCCUCAGUAUGGUUGGGGGAGACGCAUCAAUUGCAACCUGGAAGUGGUAUGCAAUCAUGGAUGGAGCACUGAGUUGCGAGACCCCCCUCAACCAUUUCAUCACGCCUGUCCAAGUGUCCUCAUCUGCUCAGGAUGCUCCACCCCUCAAGCAGAGAAAGGAAGAGGACUGGCUGACAGCUGUGUGGGAGAUGGAAAGGAGACAGGAGGAACGAGAGAGGCAAGCUUCAGAGAGAGAGGACGAGAGAGACAGACGAGCUGCAGCAAGAGAAGAAGAGCGAGACAGACGGGCUGCAGAGAGGGAUGCUGAAAGAGAUCGAAGGGCUGCAGAGAGAGAAGUAGUGAGAGAGAGAGAGACGCUGGAGAGGGAGGAGAGGAGGGAACGAGAAUUGUUUGCGAGACAGGAACGAUGGGAGAAAGACAUGCUGGCUAGAGAAGAAAGGCAGGAAAGGGACUACAGAGAAAGAGAGGAGAGGAGAGAAAGAGAAGCUGCUGCUAGAGAAGAGAGGCUUUUUAAGCUCCUUGAGACAUUUAUGGCCAAUAAGUAAAACUGUUACUGAUAAAUUCCAAGAAUUGCUUAUUUUCUACAAAUAAACUCUUUUGC